UUUCAAUGCUACACUCAACGGCGGAUUUAGGGGGGAGAUAUUAUGAGGCUGGUGUCAUUAGGCGAUAGCCAUUGAAUCAUUCAAUCUUUUUUACCGGCCGUAUUUUUUCGGUUUCUCCUUUUUCUCGAUAAUUUCCUUUCUCUCUCAGGUCAUUUCCAUGGUUUUCAGAUCCCCCUUAGAGCUUUAUCCCUCCCAUUUCUUCCUGCCAAACUUCGCUGAUCGCCCCGUGCUCCUGGCGAACAGCGCUCCCGCCACCAGGUCUCCAGAAGACUUGUCCAUGUUUCAGCUACCGACCCUCAACUUCUCCCCGGAGCAGGUGGCGAGCGUCUGCGAGACGCUGGAGGAGACCGGGGACAUCGAACGGCUGGGCCGCUUCCUCUGGUCGCUGCCGGUGGCUCCGGGAGCGUGCGAGCAGAUCAACAAGCACGAGUCCAUCCUGCGCGCCCGCGCCGUGGUGGCGUUCCACACGGGCAACUUCAGAGACCUCUACCACAUCCUGGAGAACCACAAGUUCACCAAGGACUCGCACGGCAAACUGCAGGCCAUGUGGCUGGAAGCGCACUACCAGGAGGCCGAGAAGCUCCGCGGCCGUCCCCUCGGACCGGUCGAUAAGUACCGGGUACGGAAGAAGUUUCCGCUGCCUCGGACCAUCUGGGACGGCGAGCAGAAGACGCACUGUUUCAAAGAGAGGACACGGAGCCUGCUGAGGGAGUGGUACCUUCAGGACCCCUAUCCGAACCCCAGCAAGAAAAGGGAACUGGCUCAAGCCACUGGACUCACUCCUACACAGGUCGGGAACUGGUUUAAAAACCGGAGGCAACGAGACAGAGCCGCGGCGGCCAAAAACAGGCUCCAACACCAAGCAAUAGGACCGAGCGGUAUGAGGUCCCUGUCAGAGGCCGGCCUCACCCCUCACAGCUCGGCCGAGUCGCCUUCAACCGCGGCCAGUCCGACCACCAGCGUUUCCAGUAUGACAGAGAGAGUUGAUACUGGGACGUCCAUCCUGUCCGUCACAUCCAGCGACUCGGAGUGCGAUGUAUGAUACGCAGAGAGAGAAAAACACAACACACAAAAACAAACAAAAAGAGAAAUAUUUACAGGGAAAAUGGACCUGAGAGGAAGGAAAAAAAGACUUAUGAAAUAUCGCGGAUGAAAAAAGGACCGAUUGAUAUAAAUAUUAAAAUAAAAAGAGAUAAAAGCACGUCGUUUUUUUUUUUUAUUAUAAAGCGCUUUCAAAGGACCCACGCCUCCCCCUCCUCUUCAUACCCCCACACCACCACCAACACCACCACCACCACCACCACCACGACUACUAGACUACUUGCAUGAUGUCUUUUUAUUUUUUAUUUUGUAAUCAGGGAGAAUAACCUGAGUGCAAGAUUCUCCAUCAGGAAACAUCGAUCAGAGGGAAUAAAAACAGAUCGUCUUUUUAUUUUUUAUUUUUGUCCUCAUCUCCGUUUUUAGUCCAAGUGCUGAUGAUGAUGAUGGUGAUGAUGAUGAUGAUGAUGAUGAUGACGGCGAAGCAGCCGCCAAGCAGACAAGAUGCAAUCCUGUUUUUACUUUGUGUUCAUCAGACAAUCAUUUUAAGUCGUAAGCACCUUUUUUAAAAUACACUUCUGUCACUGCCUGUGUGGGGUUACAUGGUCAAAAAAAAAAUGUCGAACGGAAUCGUUUAUGACUGUAUCAGAUUUUUAUUUUCAAAAUUUUAUAUUGAAUUAUGUAUAUCUCAAAUAAUGCGAUCAUUCUCCCGGUCUGUAAUAUACGUGUAGAAAUAUGCUUGUACAUAAUUAUUGCUCUCCCCGUCUCAUCCUCUUUUCUAUCCCUCCCUCACUUUUCUUGACUUGGUGUUCCUACAUAAAAUAUUUGUCAAAACUUACAACUCAAGUGCUCUAGGCGUUUUUGUUGGUUUUUGGUUGGGUUUGGGGGGGGUUGAUAAUGCCAUCACAUUUAUGCAAAGAAAACAAAAAUAUGAAAAUUGCUUGUUAUUACUCCAUUUAUUCCGACUCUGCCCCCCCCCCUCUUCUCUCCUCUCCUGUCCGCCGCCCCAGGGUCGCUCUAAGCGCUUAUUUUCAUUAGCCUAUUCAAUGUUUCUUCCUUGCGUGGUUAUUAUGUUAAUGUACCAUACAUUUCUAAAUCAAAUACAGUAUUCAAUUUGCUAUACCUCUGU